AUGGGAAAUGACUCCUUCGUCGUUGCCGAGGGAAUGGCUCCGCCACAAAGGAUCCUCUUUCCCCCGGAGAAGAUUUGCAUGGAGUGGCAGCGACGACAGAGAGCUGGAGCGGGACUCCACAACCUGGGCAAUACGUGCUUCCUCAACUCCGUCCUGCAGUGCCUGACGUACACACCCCCUCUGGCCAACUACCUGCUCUCUCGGGAGCACAGCCGGUCGUGUCGUCAGCAAGGCUUCUGCAUGAUGUGCAUAAUGGAAGCGCACGUUAACAAGGUCCUGCAUUCCUCAGCCAGUGCCAUCCAGCCUCGGGCUGUCAUCAGUGUUCUCACACGAAUAGGAGAACAUUUCCAGCUUGGCAUGCAGCAGGACGCCCACGAGUUCUUACGCUACACUGUCGAUGCCAUGCAGAGAGCUUGUCUGAAUGGAAGUAGCAACUUGGACAUCUCUUCUCAAUCAACUACCAUUGUCAAUCAAAUAUUUGCGGGCAUUCUGAGAUCCAGAGUCACGUGCUUGAGCUGCAAAGGGGUGUCCGAUUCCUACGAGGCCUUCCUGGAUGUUCCUUUGGAUAUCGAAGCAGCCUCAUCUGUCACCGCAGCUCUGGAGGACUUUGUGAAACCUGAGCAGCUGGAUGGCGAAAACUGCUUUAAAUGUAGCAAGUGUGACAAGAUGGUUGCCGCCUCCAAGAGGUUUACAAUCCACCACGUGCCCAAGGUUCUCACAGUGUGCCUGAAAAGGUUUGAAGCUUUCACGGGCGGGAAGAUCAGCAAGGUUGUGGCGUAUCCCGAGUACUUGGAUCUUCGGCCAUACCUGUCUCAGACAGCUGGGGAACCGCUCCUCUACGCCUUAUUUGCUGUCCUGGUACACAGCGGUGGCAGCUGUCAUGCAGGACACUAUUUCUGCUACACAAAGGCCAGCAAUGGACUGUGGUACAAGAUGGACGAUACAUCUGUGGAUGUUCGUGGCAUCGACACAGUUCUCAAGCAGCAAGCCUAUUUGCUGUUUUAUGUCAGGUAA